AUGUUUGGCUUUGGAGAAGAUCACCAUCAACAAGUUUACGGCGAACAACAUGAGGGAAAGUUCUCUCACGAGUUGAUUGCCGGCGCUGCCUCGUUUGAGGCCGCCAAGCUCUUUGAAGACAAACAAAGACGUGACGGAAAGCCCGUCAGCCAUGCCUUUGCCAAGGAGCUUCUUGCCGGAAUUGUAGGCGGUGAAGUUGACAAGCUCUUUGAAACCAAGGGGUUGGACUACUUGGACCGUGACCAGGCCAAGCAACAAGCCAUUGACCAGGCUCAAAGCCAAUACGACAACCAUUACGGUCGUGAAGAACAAUGGUCUCCAGAAAGAGAACCACCAUUUGACUACCAAUCUGACAGAUACAGAUAUUAA